AUGAUUACAAAUCUUUUUAGAGCAAUGAGAGACAAAAAAGCUCAAUAUUAAACGAAGAUAAAUAACAAAUGUUUUGAUAGAUGAACAAGAUUUAAAAAAAUUAAAGUAUCCUAACAUUUUUAAAUUAUUCAACUUUAUCAAGCUACAAAAAUUAUUUUUCAACACUAAUUAUCAAUAUUUAUUAAAUUUAUAAGGAGAACUUUUAGAAGGAUAAAGAUACAGGCAUGCUUUACUGAAAUUUUUGCAGCUAAUUAUAUUAGAUAGAUAUCCUUAGCUAAUAUAUAUUGUUAUGAGAAAUAUGUUGUUCACUGAGAUAUAAAGCCAGAAACUGUUAUUUUUGUUAACAAAACAGAAUUUAUAGUUAAAGCUAAUAGAUGUUGGUGAAUCCAAAUUUGUCAAAAAUAAAUCCAUGAGUAAAGAUGUUGGAACUUUUAGAUUCAUCCUUAUAGCUAGCCUUUUAUGUUGCUCCAGAAGUAUUGAACCAUUAAUAUGA